AUUUUUAUUUACAAUAAUACAUUUAAUGGAAUUUAAUUAUUUAGAAUUAAAAAACUGAAAAAAGAAAGAAGAAAUCUCUUUUUUUCCCUUAAGAUUUUACGGAAGUUCAAACAGCCCACCACUGUUUUUAUGAAACCUAUCCAGAGUAGCGUUCGAUCAUCGGUUAUCAGAAUCAAUGGUCAAGAUGACACCAUAUUUGAAACCCCUAUUCCUGUUCAUCAUCCUCGCCACCACCGCACCACAGCCCAUCCACUCCGUCUCCAUCUUCCAAUACCGUUCGCUCCUGUCCCUUUCCCACUCCAUCCUCAUGCGCGUCGCCAACCUACGCGCCGAACGCGGUGACAUAUCCGGCGCAAACCGGGCCAGGCUCAUAGCUCAAAAGCUGGAGCCAGGGCUGGGGUUAGGCUUCGUGGGAUUCGCCUGGUCAGUGGGAUGGGACUACGUGAAAAAUUACGCGUGGCGGGAAUUAGAUUACCGGGAGUUGCACGGCGCCGCUUCAGAUUUGAACGAUCUGGGGAGAUUCAUAACUGAGUUGAUGAGAUUUGACUCGGACCUUGACAAGGCAACUUGGAUCCGCCGAAAUUACGGGAAUGUCCUCGAGGUUUCGAAACGGCUGCUUGUUAGACUACUGGGCGUGUUUCGACAAUCGGGCCCAUUAAGAGAAGUGGUCGAAACAGUGCAGGUAGAAGUGGUGGAGGGAAGCUUAUUAAGGGACUGUUUGGUGUUAGGCAGUAAUGACUUGGAAGGCUUACUUCAAAUCUUUCAAUCUCUGGUUUCCCAGCAUUUUUCCGCUCCUGAUCUUGAUUAUGACUUAUAAAUGGAAGGUAAAACAUCUAAGAAACCAAUCUUUUGUUUUCAAUUAUUCAACAGUAGAUGUAUGAUUCAACAAUAUAUAUACGUAUGCAUAUGAAUACAGGAUGAUACGAGAUGUUGCAAUA